UCCAUUUUCUUUCAGCCGACACCCCUCGUAAUUCGCCCGCGACAAUUAAACUCUGUUGAAGGCACGGCAGCGACUGUACAAAACAUGGCUUCGUCAACUUCAUCUUCAUUCUCUUCUAUCAUUGACAAGUAUCGACCCAAACUAGGACCGUACGAGGAGCUGUACAAGCACUGCCACGCCAAUGGGGAGCUAUCUACUCAGGAGAAGGAGACAGCAGCACUAAUCACGUCGCGGCUCAAGGAGCUAUCCAGCGAACUCGACAUCAGAACCGGCAUCGGUGGGCACGGGCAGAUUGCCAUUCUCAAGAAUGGUCCAGGCAAGACCAUUCUGCUUCGUGCAGAUAUCGACGCUCUUCCAAUCCAAGAAAAGACUGGCCUGUCCUACGCAAGCACCAAAACCAUGCUCGAUACAGACGGCCAAGUCAAGCCUGUCAUGCAUGCCUGCGGUCACGACUUCCACAUUACUUGUGGCCUUGCCGCGGCAGAGACCUUGAUCGCCGCCCAAUCGACCUGGUCAGGCACGAUUAUCUUCCUCUUCCAGCCAGCGGAAGAACGGGGCAGCGGUGCGCGAGCCAUGGUCGACGACGGCCUCUACGACAAAUCGAAGUACGCAUGCCCGAUCCCGGACGUCGUUCUGGGACACCAUGUCUUUCCUCUUCAAGCGGGCAAAACCGCUACACGAGCUGGUCCCACCAUGUCCGCAGCGGACAGUUUCAAGGUCACCAUCUACGGCAGCGGCGGGCACGGGUCGAUGCCACACAAGACGAUCGACCCCGUGGUGAUUGCAAGUCAUAUCGUGGUCCGACUUCAGACCAUCGUGUCGCGGGAGGUUCCUCCCGACGAAACGGCCGUUGUGACCGUGGGCGCAUUACAGGCCGGCAGCACGGAGAACGUCAUCUCGGAUGAAGCGGUGCUCAAGAUCAACAUCCGCACCUUCAGUACCGAGUGGCGCGAUCACAUCCUCGCAUCGGUCAAACGGAUCGUGGACGCGGAGUGUAUGGCGGGACGGUCUCCCAAGGAGGCCACCAUUGAGCCAUCGUCGUCAUUCCCGCUGACUGACAACGAUCCAGAAGUGGUGGCCACGAUCAACAAAUCCUUUUCGGCCUACUUUGGCGACGAGCACGAGCCGAAUCUCAAAAACGUACUGGGCAGUGAGGAUUUUGGCAUCCUGGGCUCAGCGGUCGAUCGACCAUAUUGCUUCUGGUUUUUUGGCGGGCACGAUAAGGACAUGUAUGAGGAGAAGGUGAAGAAGGGCGAAGAGCACAAUAUUCCUGUCAACCAUAGUCCGUUCUUUGCGCCGGUCAUCGAGCCGACCAUAAAGACGGGAGUGGAUGCUAUGGUCGUCGCGGCGUUGAGUUAUCUAGCAAAAUGAACAGGAGAUGACAACGCCUGUAUUGACGAUGACGAUGAAUGAAUCAAAACGCAUAUGCUGAGGCUAUGUCCACUUAAUCUUCUAUAUGCUUGAGUGGUACGAGAUCAGGAGGUGGUUGGUGUGAAAAGAACCGACUGUCAGAUCGUCGUUUCGCAGGAAUAUUUAUUUGCUUCUCUAUCUUAAUUUUGAUACUACUCCCUCAUUUCGACCACUCCCCUGGUCAAUCGCACAGCUUCAUCUUCUAUACCGGGGGUUUCGAUGAAAUCUCACAGUGUCACC